CUCGGUUGAUCGGACGCCCCCGCGUGUACGACGGCGCAGGCGCGCAUUCUCGGAAAACUCGCUAUUCCAAACUUAAAUUUGAAAUUCUUAACUUUUUCUAAAAUACUUUUUUCUAAUUACAAGUGGCUAGUGUUGUGGUUUGAAUUGGAAUUGGAAAUUGUUUCGAUCAGUGAAUCUGACUGUGAAUUGGAUCCGUUGAUUUGAUACCUCCACUGGAUUGUUUGUUGAUUUUGUGACUAUACAAACGAUGUCCCAGUAAGCGAGCAAUGGACCCGCUGACGUGGUUGUCUUUAGGGCUGCAGUUGGCAGCGCUCUGCUCCAUCGUGGGAGCCCUGCUAUUGUACCUGCUGCGGAAGGUGCGGGUCGCCGAGGUCCUCCCGGUGGACAGCGCUAAGACCGUGCUGGUCACCUCCGUGGACACCGCGCUCGGGUUGCAGAUAGCAACAUACCUGAGCGGGCGCGGAUGGCGCGUGAUCGCAGGAUGCAGGCAGGGAGGGUUGGGGGCCCGCCUGGCAGAGUCGUGGCUGCAGGCCCACACGGGGGAUUCCGACGAGCUGGCCCCCCGCCUCAACACGCUGGAGCUGGAUGUGGCCCGUGAGGAUCUACUGGAAGAAGCUGCCCGAGCCACUGCGCAGCAUCUGCCGGCCGGCGAACAUGGCGUGUGGGCAGUGAUCAACACGGCAGGCAGCAGCGGGCGCGGCGGCGCGGCGUGCUGGGAGGGCGCGCUGCGCGGCAACGUGCUGGGCGCGCUGCGUGUGGCGCGCACCUUCGCGCCGCUGCUCUCCGCUGCCGCGCAACAACACGCGCAUGCCGGACGACUGUUCUAUAUUGGACUGACAUCAGACACGGCGUGUGAGAACCUGUCCCGCGAGGCGGGCGACGAGGGCAGCGCGGGCGCGGCGGCGGCGCGCUGGGGCACGUGGGGCGCAGCGCGCGCCCUGCGGGCGUGGCUGCGGGCCCGCGCGCUGCACGUCGUGCUGCUGCACGCGCCCGACCUGGCGGCCAGCGACAUCUACGCGCCGCCCGCGCAGCUGCCGCCCAGCCAACCUGCUAGUCGUCCAGAAACCCCAAGUUCGGAUGUGAGCGCGACUACGGCGAGCUGCGCGGUCACCAUGCCGGGAGAAGCAGCGGAAUACAGCGCCAAGGUUCUCCCAACCAGCGCCCUCAAGACCUUGGAGGAGGCUCUCACUGCCCCUUCACCCCGCGACGCCUAUUACUUGAAGGUCAAACAAGACUCCUGGUUCACACGCAUGCCUUCCCUGAGAGUGGCAUGAAACCCCAGCUUUAUACUCGACCCUAGUGGUUCUCUUUAAGUUAUGUUUAAGAUCCCAGACAGGAUUUUUAACGGUUUUAGUUAAGUAUGUUGUUUGAUGUCAGAUUUUUGUCAACCAAACUUUUUCGUCAAUGUAGUCAAAUGAACAGUAAUUAAUGGAAUUUUAAGAAUCGCAACCGACUGUUAAGUUGUUCUAUGUCUGUCUGAGAUCUGUAACAAUUAAAUUAAUGUUGACAGAAGAAUAAUAUAAUUAGAGUGCUUGGUUUUCUAAUAAGCACUUAUCACCAAGUGUCAAAAUGGAGGUGAUGGGUAGGACACCAACUUUCAUCAUACAUGAGCACUGCGCAAUCCGCACAGACGCUAUUCUUAUUUAUAAUUAUAAAUCCCAUGUGGUUUAUUUAUAUAAACCUAAUCUUUAUAUAAUUGUACUUAUACGUUAUAUUGUAUGCGUACUCUAGGUGUAGUCAGAGCCCUUUUCAUAUACUCACUUAUAUUUAAGUUUCUUGGUGUUCGUAAUGUUACUAAGUUUGUUAAUUAUGUUAACGACCUGCUUAUCCCUUUUCGAGGGCACGGGAUAGUGGAUGUAUUGUGCCAAACUCUGAAGGCGCUGGAUUGAGAAGUUUGUAUAAUGUUAGAGCUGGCCGAACGGCCGGAUGCUUCGAGACGGCGCCUUCCUCGACCGACGUUGCUGGAACGUCUUCCACACUUUACGAUUAAGUUGCAAUAUUGUUAUUUUCGGUGCAGCUUUGCUUAUUGUGAGAAUUGUACAUAUUUCAAGCUCACAUCGUGCCAAUUGUUUAAUUAGACUUUUUGUAUGAAUGAGUGGAAAACUGUAUGCUAUUCAUAACCUAUAAAUCCAGUGGAGACAGUAUAAUUGUGAAGGUUUCAGAUUGCAAAUUUGUAGGUUUCUGUAAUCGUUCAGAUGUCGUUAAUCCUUUGUGAUAAUGAUUAACGAUAUGGACAUUCAUAUGUAAAUAAUGUUUGUGUUGUAUAUUAAACAUUCUCUAUAAUGCA